CAUUCGGUCAAAACCUGUGGCUAACUCAGUCACUGUCGAACGCUUACUAUUCAAACAACGGAAAACUAUCCGCUGCUGCUCAUCGCUGGGCAGUUAAACGAAGAACAUUGGCAUUGAUUUCGUAAGUGGGCGAACGCUAUAAGAUGAAGGGAAUUAUAUUUCCCAUUUUAUUCCUUUUAAAUGGACUCGGUAUUGUGGCACCUAGCGAACCCUCGACAACUGACAGCGAACCACCGCAGAUCCUAAAUGAAGACAAAACCUUUUGGCAUGCCCAGGGUAAAGAGGAGUUACUUCGUGCCCUGAAUCGCCAACUGAAUCUCAACACCGCCAAAAACGUCAUCUUUUUCUUGGGUGACGGAAUGGGAGUUUCGACAGUGACGGCCGCUCGUAUACAUGCCGGACAAAAGCUCGGAGAGCUUGGCGAGGAGAAUUACUUAUCUUUUGAAAAAUUCCCUAAUUUAGGCCUUCUCAAGACAUACAACGUAGAUAAACAAGUGGCGGAUUCCGCAGGCUCGGCAACGUCCUAUUUGACUGGAGUGAAAGGUCGUUAUGGUACUCUCGGGUUGGACGUCUCAGCCCCCUACAACGUAUGUCGGUCUGAUCUCGGCACGAAACCGAACGUUGAUAGCGUCCUGAAAUGGGCCCAAGAUGCGGGGAAGGCCACUGGUUUUGUAACGACAACGAGAGUUACACAUGCCACCCCAGCGGGUCUGUACGCCCACACUGCUAAUCGUGACUGGGAGUGCGAUUCGCAAAUACCGUUGGCAAAUCGACACGAAUGCAAAGACAUUGCUCGACAGCUAGUCGAAGACGAACCUGGUCGAAACAUCAAGAUAAUCCUUGGCGGUGGGCGACAGAUUUUUGAAGCCGCAAACGAUAACGGCACAGCAAAGUGGCCUUGUAAAAGGGGCGACAAUAUGGAUUUGAUUGAAGCGUGGAAAGUAGACAAAAAGAAACGUGACAAGUCGUAUCUCUUUUUGGAAAACCGCGACGCUUUACUAAAUGCCAAUUUCGACGAUGCAGAGUUUAUUCUCGGUUUGUUUUCGAUGAAUCACAUCCCCUACGAGCUCGACAGAGUCGAAGAUCCCAAAGUUGGCACGUUGGCCCCCGGCAUCGAAGAAAUGACAGAAAACGCUAUUCGUUUCUUACAGAAGAAAAGUAGCAAUGGUUUUUUUCUGCUAGUGGAAGGUGGCCGAAUCGAUCACGCUCACCACAAAAAUAAUGCCUUACUGGCACUCGAGGAGACCGUGGCUAUGCACAAGGCUGUAGCCAUCGCCCAACGGCUGACAGAUAGCAAAGACACACUCAUAUUGGUCACUGCCGAUCAUUCGCAUACUUUCAAUAUUAACGGUUACCCAGUGAGAGGAAACAAGAUAACCGGUAUAGGUGGUGUGGGCGACUAUGGCUACAAUUACACGACGCUGUCGUACUCAUCGGGUCCAGGGUUCUGGAAUAACGUGAACAACGGGACUACAGAUCCCCACAAGCCGUGGCUAGAUGCUAGCACUUUAGAUGUACACAAUAAAACUUACAGGCAACUAGCACAAACUCCAGCCGAUGACGCCUACCACGGAGGCGAGGAUGUGGCUGUUUAUGCGACUGGUCCGAUGUCGCACUUGUUUCACGGAGUACACGAUCAGACUUACGUUGCUCAUGUCGUGGGGCACGCCGCCUGCAUAGGGCCAUACGCAUCUGUUUGUGACGUUCCUAAACCUGAAGCUCAAAGCGCUGGAGUUUCAACUCUUUCGUCUCACUUUACUAUCUUAUUCAUGGCUUUAGCAGUAAGCUUAGCCAUUUUCAGGCAAUAGACUUUCUCAUGUAACGCAUUAUAAACACCAAUGUUCGCAUAGCGCUCUAGAGUACGGUUCGAAUAAACAUGAAUUUUACGUA